GUUGAUACCUUCAUGCAGCGUUGUGGCGGAUGAUUCAAAAUGGCGGAAGACAAGGAGCGGAUUUCGCAGAGUCCUUCAUAUGUUCUUGUUAACAGACAACUACAAGACUUAGUAAGGACACAAAAUACAGCCAUUGUCAAAUUACAAUGUAUGGUAGGUGAUAUUUCUUUCCUUGGUAUUCUUUUGAAUAGAAAUGUAUUGGACAAAAUGUCAAUUAUUUUAUAGUCAAUUAUCUGUCAAUUUGUAGCUAUAAAGGCCAGAUAAAAAAAUAGUUGGUGAUCGUCCUUUGCCAAAAGUUGGGCGGCCGGUUGGGUUUUUAAAAAAAUUUUAUACAAAGGGUGGGCGGGGAUGAUCACCAACUAUUUUUUUUUAAUUGGCCUAUUAAGCUAGACAGCCUAGGCUAAGCUACUUUUCAAAGUCGUGUAUACUUGCUAAUAAUCUAUAACAUUCAGGGCUGGAUUAACGUCGCGCAAGGCCUGUGGCAGAUUUUAGUGCAAGGCUCCCUUAUUGCCAGAAACCUUUGGGUCUCAAAGAUACACAAAAUUGUUAAAUAAUUGUUUUCAAUAUUUUCAAUUGAUUGGCAUUAAUUAUAAACGAGACAAUGGCCUGCCUGGCCCAGUAGUUGGGUCAACAAGUAUAAACAGGAUCAUAUAACAGCUCAGCACAACUGGAAAUUAUAUGCACACGAGUAUUGCAUAUUUUUCUGGGGCCAACUGUCAAGCCUAGGGGCCCUAAAUGUGUGAGGUCCCUAAAUUUGCGAGGCAUCUAAAUUCACGAGGCACCUAAAAUGGGUGUGUCCCAAUAGAAAAUGGCUAUGUUCUUGUAAAAAUGGGCAUGGCACAGUAAAGCGCGAGGCCCCCAUAAGCGCGAGGCCCACAGCAUAUGCCGCAUCUGCCACAUGGUUAAUCCAGCCCUGAUAAGAUUACAUUGUACUCUUAAUUUAUGGGUUGGUCUAAAUAACCAUGCAGUAAAACAUUGUUUAUCUUGAUUUUUUUUCAAGCUAAAGCGAAGAGAUGUCACAAUUCCGCAUGAAGAUCACCAGGCUGUUGUAGCUCAACUGGAUGUAAGGUUUUUGUAUAUUUAUCUUGAUAUUGUGUUUUGAUAUGAAGCUAUUUCUAGUUGAGAUUUAUUCUGUGUGAUUGUUGCAGGAGGAAAGACUACAACACAUGAAGACAAGGGCCAAGUUGGCUGAAGAAACAGAGAAAUUACAAUUUGCAGAAGGACAAAUUGAAAUGUUAAAGGGUCAGCUAGAGCGUGAAAAGACGACAUUUGAAACUGCGUAAAGUUUAUUAUUUUUCGUUCAGUCAAAUGAGCCGAAAACUCACCUGGGUUUCUGAUUUCCCAACCCUACCUAGCUUUUAGCCCAUGAAAUCACCAACCUUAAGACCCUGGAGCAACCUUUCGUAUCCAGGUUGUGUCACCAGUUUGGCACUUUUUACAUAAAGUAUAACCUGAUUGUCUGAAAGUUGAUAUAAUACCGUCUUUUAAGACAAAUGUUUGUGCCAUCUUGAUCUGUGCUGCCAUAAUUGAUAUAUGAACAAGCUUUCGCUGGUAGGGAUGCAACAUAGUUGCCAACCCUCCCGCAUUUGAUCACUUUCCCCGCAAAUUUCCCGCAUUGACUUUUCCUCCCGCAUUUUGAAAAAUCCUCCCGCUUUUUCCCGCAAACAUAACAAAUUGUAAAAUGCAGAUAGCUAACUGUUGUUGCUGUUUCUUAUUGUUUGAUAUUGCAACUGUUGUUGCUUUUUUAUUGUUAAUGACAAUGUAAUUGAAGAUCGAUAUACAUUUUUUUCGAAAUUGUGUAAUUGUCUUUUGAUUGACCUUUUUACAACCAGCAACUCUUACUCAUCGAAGACAGGGGUAUCCAGUUUUACUGUAGUAUAUUUACUGCGCUAUAAACUCCCGCAUUUUUAUUUUAAAAAGUUGGCAACUAUGGAUGCAAUGACAUGACAAAAUAUAAGGAGAAUUUCAACGUCUCGAGUGAAGGCCCUUCAUCUGGAGUUACGAAGGGCCUUCGUCUGGAGUCACUAGUAACUCCAGACGAAGAGCCUUCGCUCGAAACGUCAAAAUUCUCCUUAUAUUUUCAGGUAAUUGAUUGGCACUACCUAUACUGGCAAAGACAGUUCAUAAUUGACAUAGAAUGUCAUUCUCAUGCAUAAGAAUUUACAAAAAAAAAUUUAAAAAUUGAUGUAGAAUUUGUUCCCAAUCAUGCAUAUUAAGCAUUUAUAACAAAAUGACAAAAAAUGAUGUAGGAAGUCGUUCUCAUGCAUAAGCAUUACUAAAAAAUUACAAAAAAUGUAAACACAACCUAAGUUUUUGCAAGAGGAAUAUAGGAACCCAGGUUUUUUUGCCCAACUUACCUUACAAGUGGUUAAUUUUUAUCGUUGAGACUCUGUUAUUUUUAUGUUAUUCGCCUGUUUGUUAUUUCUAAAUUAAAAACAUUUUAGAUUUCAGAAAUUAAAAACAAAAGCCAUUGAUGAAUCGCACAAGAACGAUGAAUUGUACAACAAGUGUUUAGGUAUUUUCUUUAAUUGUCUUAUUCCAAGUAAUCACUCCCUAUUACUUCAAAAUAUUGAUCUUGGGCAAUCAGCUUGCAGUACAAAGAGUAUAAUUUAUGGGUUGUUAGAGCAACAUGUAUUAAAAGGAGACAGUAGGCCAGUUUAGUCCAUUAAGCUUUUUACUGCAUGUAGCUAUUAACCCAUGGAGCCUCAGUGCACCCUACUUAUUUUUUUACUUGUCUGACACCUGACGAUUUUAUUCGUCAAUGGAGAAGCUCUGCAGCUUAAUUAACCCAUUAAGCCGCAAUGCGCCCCAGUGCGCCCUACUUAUCUUUUUUACUUGACAAUGUCUAACGCCAGAUGAUUUUACUCAAUGGGGAAGCUUAAUACACAAGACUCUCUCCUUGACGGGUAAAAUUAUCAGGCAUUAGACUAAAAUUACAAAAAUGGGUACAUUGGGGGUGCGUUGCAACUUGUAAAACUCAUUAUUUAAUAAUUCAUGAAGAAAAUUCAAGAGAAAUCAAAUAUGUUUUAUAAUGAGAUACCCACAUAUACAAAAUUUUCCUGAUUCGCAUUUAACCUUUUUCUUCAACUUUCUCAGUUCAAACACUUCUUUUUGAAUAGUUAAAACACAACUGUUGGAAUCCUAAGGCUUAUGUUUCACCAGCUAUAUCACGUCCAUGUUGUAUCAGACAUUAAUAGUACAACCUCUUGCCUUCGCGAUCGGCUCGAAUUUGUAUAUCUGAUACAACACGGCUGCUCACACUAUAUACUACUUGAUGGUUAAUGCGCAACAAUUUCCCAUCUUUGACAAGUAUGAUUAUCUGACAUUAGACAGAGUAAAAUGUAAGUAAAGUAAGAGUUUCUUUCUGGAGGAAUGGUCAAAUGAGGAUGAGCGUUAACAUCAAACAAGAGCUUCUCAACUCUCAUGUCCCUGGUCAAAUUAAAAAAAACCCAAGAGAAUAGACUCUUUAUUUAGCCUGCGAACGGGUAGUUCGAGAAAAAAAAUUUUGAUACACCCGACGCCCUAGAGAUGUUAGACUUGCUCCAAGUCUCUCUUUCAUUGUCAUAUACUAUCGAUCCACUAUAGUGUACAUCAUGUAAUGUACACUACAGUGGAUCGAAACUCUAUGACAAUGAAAGAGAGACUUGGAGCAAGUCUAUAGAGAUGUCUGCAGAGGAGGCUAGAACAAGAGUUGCAUGCGGCAAAAACUUAUAUUAUAUCAAAAUUUAAACCAGCUCAAAGUUGAUAGAGUCGAUGAAUGUUGCGACUCGCAUUUGACCACCAACUCUCAUCUCAUUCAUCUGAGCUGGUUCCAAUUUUCAUUAGCGUCAACGAGAGUUUAUGACCGCUAUACGCGCGGUAAUAUCCAGUCAACUCUCAUGCAACUCUUCUUCUCGUUUGACCGGGGUACGUAUAUACGAGAUGAGAAAGCUGGCAUCUCUCAAUGGCUUCUCUCAUCAACUUCAGUCCUGCAAAUUAGUGCCGGUGUCACAGCGGAUUUGGACUCCCCGCGGAUAUGAACCCCCGGUCCAUAUCAGCUAGCGGAUUCGGACCCCUACGGUACAUAUCCGCUAGCUGAUAUGUACCCCCUUCCGCGGAAUUGGACCCCCUAAAAUUCACAAAAAGAAGAAAUUUUGAAACGAUUUGCAGUGAAUGUGCAUGGAAAUUUAGGCGUCAGUUUAAUUUAUAUUAUGAUAACUAAUGGCAUGACUCAACUAUCUUGGAAUUUGCUUAACAUGAUGACGAAAACAAGUAUUGAGAUGCUAAUUUUAUAAAAAUUUAGGGUUGAAUGGAGUCACUUUGUUAUGGGUAUGUUAAGGCAAAAAUAAUUUGAAAUAUAUUUUCAUUUUCCGUUUUUAUUUGAGCAGUUAAGAGUCAGAGCAGACAGCAAUUCCAAGGAGUAAAAUGCUUGUGAAGGCUUCACUGCGCUUCUCAAUUCUCGCACAUUCCAAGAUCAUAGAAAUAAACCCAUGUAGCAGAAAAAUUAUAAACUAUAAACUUUGACGGAAUUCUUUAAUUAAUCUAAAAAACUAAGAUUUGAUGAUCUAAAAAUCUUCGUACGGUUUUUAAAAUAAAUCAGAUGAGAUUUAUAACAAUAUAAAACGCUUUCAGUACAAUAUUCAAAAUACAGUACGUUGCAAUGAUAAAAUACGCGAGGGCUCCAAAUUCGCGAGGGGAGUCCAAAUCCGCUAGCGAAUAUAACCCCCCAUAGGUCCAUAUUUGCUAGCGGAUAUCGACUCCCCGGUUCAUAUUCGCUAGCGGAUUUGGACCGGGGGGGUCCAUUUUGAGGGGGGUUCAAAUCUGCUGGGACACCUGUCAUCGGCAGUGCUUCCAUUUUGGAGGAAAUUUUCUUUUUGAAGGAAAUUUUAACGAAUUGAAGGAAAUUAUAAGGAAAUUCGAAUCUGAAGGAAAUUUGAAGGAAAUUUCGGAAGAUUGAAGGAAAUGUGAAGGAAAUUGCCUUAUUUCUAAAAAAUCCUAAGAAUACGGCAAUUUCCAAGGAAAUGCGCUUCAAAAUAUGCUGAAAAUCCUGUCCUGCGAGAUGCAAAAUCUGAAAAUUUUCUGGGGGAGGACCCCCAGACCCCCCUGAUUAUUCUCCUUCAUGUUAAUCUAGGUAACUCUUUGUCUCUCCCCUUUGAUAAUUCAGCCCCUGCAACGUCUAUGUUCUUUCUAGAACAAGAAAUACCCCGUUAUUCGAGCUAAAUUACUAUAAAAUCAGUUUUAAAUUAGGUAAAAUUCAAUAAUUUUUACUGCAAGGAAUUUUUUUCAAAAAUAAGGAAAUUUUGAACGGUUGGAAGGAAAUUAUGUUUUUUCAGAAUGGAAGCAUUGGUCAUCGGACAUUCUCCGACCAAAUUUUACCGUUUGUCCAGUGCUCUCACUUUUAAGGAAUUAUCCUUAAAAAUAGGAAUUUUGAAGAGUUUUAAGGAUUUUUUUAAGGAAUUUAGGUUUUUGAGGAUUUUUUUAAGGAAUUUCCAAAACAUUUUAUCUUGGACUGGAAAUGUUGGACGGAGGAUAACACGCCACGCAAAUGAGAUUUAAACUUGAAAGUAACAACAUUAUACGCACAUAAUUACAUAUAUUCGUAUGUUCUUUUUGUCAUAAAUGACACAUGGCUGUCUUUCCAUUAAAAUUUUCAAAAGUUAAAUGUCAGUAUAUGCUGUUUCCUCUGAAAUCUACAUAUUUUCUAAACUCUUCAUGCAGCAACGAUCAAAAAUACAUCAUGUUGAAUGUUUUCUUUAUCGCAUUUAAUAUGCUAACAAUCAAUUGUUUUCAGAUUUUAGUGCUUAGAAACAAGGUUGAAAAACUGAAAAAAAGAGAAAAAAAACACUUUUUGCAACUAUAUAUGUGAUCAGGCCUUGUAGUAAUUUUACCAAUUUAAGGAAUUUUAAGGAAAUCUGAGGAAUUUUCGAGCUUUUUCUAAGGAAUUCGAAAAUUUGAUUGUGAGAGCACUGCGUUUGUCUGAUCAAAGCUUUUUGACCCCGGACAUGUGACCGACCGAUUUAGGCUAGUCAAAUCUCUAAUAUAAAAAAAUUGUUUAUUUAACACAUUCUUUAUUAAUGAAACCAACAAGAAAACAAUAUAUAGACAGCACUUCUCCAUUAUUUCUUGCUGCAUUAAGCCGGAAGAUUUCAUUAUAAAUCUACAUCACCUUCGUAUAUACAUGGUAUAGAAAUUAAGGUUUUGUAUAACCUGAACUAUAAUUUACUGAUGCAUUAAUAGGACUGGUAGAUAUAUAUUCAGUUUUAGUCGCAUUGCAGUGCAUGCGAACUGACAUGACCAGGCAAAAAAUACAUCGUGUUAAUUUGGAAAAAAAAUUAUGAAAAGUUUUGCUUUGUCUUUGACAGUCCAUUGCCCGCGAAAAAUUGAUAAAUGUCCGACUAAUAUUUGGCUUGGCCAAACAUUUGUCCUUCGAAGUAAAAUAAUUAUUUGCAGGCCUGAACUUUCAUCCUCUGUCAGUUGAUCGUGUGUGAGUGAGAGGGCGAUGAAACAAGAGAGAAAGUUGCAACUUUCAUUAACUCCAAUUUCCGUCUGACGAAGGCCCGAGUGGCAAGGCCCUCUGAACGCUAAACUUUGAAUUAUCGUUACAGAAAUGGAAGAAAUUUGCAGCGAAAAGGAUGAUGGACUAACUUUUCAAGAUGCAAAAAUCAAAGACCUGAGAUCAAGAAUUUCCAAACAGAAACAGAUUCACAAACAGUUAGUCGCUAAUCUCGACAUUGAGUUAAAACAAGAGCAAUAUGUGGCUCGACAUUUACAAGGAAGUA